AUGAGUAAAAAGCCCCCAAAUCGUCCUGGAAUCACUUUUGAGAUUGGGGCUCGGUUGGAGGCACUGGACUACUUACAGAAAUGGUAUCCAUCACGAAUUGAAAAAAUCGACUAUGAGGAGGGCAAGAUGUUGGUCCACUUUGAGCGCUGGAGUCACCGCUACGACGAGUGGAUUUACUGGGACAGCAACAGACUGCGGCCCCUGGAGAGGCCCUCGCUGAGGAAGGAAGGCCUGAAGGACGACGAGGACUUCUUUGAUUUUAAAGCCGGAGAAGAAGUUCUGGCUCGGUGGACAGACUGUCGCUAUUACCCUGCCAAGAUCGAAGCGAUUAACAAAGAAGGGACGUUCACAGUUCAGUUUUACGAUGGCGUCAUCCGUUGUUUAAAAAGGAUGCACAUCAAAGCCAUGCCGGAGGACGCGAAGGGGCAGGUGAAAUCUCAGCAUCCACUAAGCUGGUGUUGUCCUAUCGACCCAGCUGGAUCGUGUAACCAGGCUAUGGAAAGUGAGGACUGGAUAGCUUUAGUCAAAGCAGCCGCUGCAGCCGCAGCCAAGAAUAAAACGGGGAACAAACCUCGAACGAGCGCUAACAGCAAUAAAGAUAAAGAGAAAGAUGAGCGGAAAUGGUUUAAAGUUCCUUCAAAGAAGGAGGAGACCCCAGCUUCUGUAGCCACUCCAGAAGUUGAGAAGAAGGAAGAUCUGCCCACGUCUAGCGAUACAUUUGUAGGACUUCAUAUAGAGAACGUUCCAAAGAUGGUCUUUCCACAGCCAGAGAGCACAUUGUCCAACAAGAGGAAAAAUAACCAAGGCAACUCGUUUCAGGCAAAGAGAGCUCGGCUUAACAAGAUCACUGGUUUGUUGGCAUCCAAAGCUGUUGGGGUGGAUGGUGCGGAAAGAAAGGAAGACUACAGUGAAACAGCUCCAAUGCUGGAGCAGGCGAUUUCACCUAAACCUCAAAGUCAGAAAAAAAAUGAAGCUGACAUUAUCAGUUCUGCCAACACUCAGAAACCUGCACUGUUAUCCUCCACCUUGUCUCCAGGGAAGGCUCGCAGCAAGAAAUGCAAACACGAAUCUGGAGAUCCUUCCGGGUGUCUAAAGCCCCCUAACUCACCACUGCCCCCAGAAUUAACCCAAGUCGAGGAUCUGACGCUUGUGUCUCAGCUCUCUUCUUCAGUGAUAAAUAAAACUAGUCCUCCACAGCCUGUGAGCUCCCCUAGACCCUCCAAGCAUAGCGAGCGGAGACGAAGAUCGCAGCGCUUAGCCACCCUGCCCGGGCCUGACGAUUCUGUAGAAAAGCUGUCUCCUCCCUCUCCAGCCCCUGAUGGCAGAGUCUUCCUCAGUGCUCAGAGCCAGCAGCAGGCUUCAGUACCAGAUGUGCCUGAUGUUGCACAUUUGUCACUUGAGAAGCUGGGACCCUGCCUCCCUCUUGACUUAAGUCGUGGUUUGGAAGUCACAGCACCGCUAGCUUCAGACCCCUCUUACCAUAAUGAGUGUGCCAGGGCAGACAAGGAGGAUACACAGAUGCUCACAAAUCCUUCCAAAGCCACACCUGAUGGGAGAGGAGCCCCAACGGCCUCAGGAAUAUCGAAAACAGAAAAAAAAGUGAAAUUGGAAGAAAAAAGCGCCACAGCAUUUGGUAAGAGAAAAGAAAAGGAUAAAGAACGGAAAGAGAAGAGAGACAAAGACCACUACAAACCAAAACAGAAGAAGAAGAAGAAAAAGAAAAAGAAAUCUAAGCAGCAUGACUAUUCAGACUAUGAAGACAGCUCCCUGGAGUUUCUGGAAAGGUGCUGCUCCCCGCUGACCCGGCCCUCGGGGCCCUCCCUGGCGCUGCGCAGCAUGUUCACGGAGAAGAACACGUACCAGUACCCGCGGGCCAUUCUGUCGGUGGACCUCAGCGGAGAAAACUUGACCGACGUGGAGUUCCUAGAUGACUCUUCCACGGAGAGCUUGCUCCUGAGUGGGGACGAGUACAAUCAGGACUUCGACUCCACCAACUUCGAGGAAUCUCAGGACGAAGAUGAUGCUCUCAAUGAGAUCGUGCGCUGCAUUUGUGAAAUGGACGAGGAGAACGGCUUCAUGAUCCAGUGCGACGAGUGUCUGUGCUGGCAGCACAGCGUGUGCCUGGGGCUGCUGGAGGAGAGCAUCCCAGAGCAGUACACCUGCUACGUCUGCCGCGACCCUCCCGGGCAGAGGUGGAGCGCAAAGUACCGCCACGACAAGGACUGGCUGAACCACGGGAGGAUGUGUGGGCUGUCGUUCGUGAAGGAGAAUUAUUCUCACCUCAAUGCCAAAAAGAUCGUCUCCACACACCACCUGCUUGCUGACGUCUACGGCGUCACGGAGGUCCUGCACGGCCUGCAGCUGAAGAUCGGCAUCCUCAAGAAUAAACACCAUCCUGACCUUCAUCUCUGGGCCUGUUCUGGGAAGCGGAAAGACCAAGACCCAGUCACGGUGGGGGCAGAGAAAAAGGUACCAGUGCCAGACACGGUGCCUCCUGCGGAGAAGCAGCACCACGUGCAGAACCACAAGGAGCCGCCCCGGCCACCCCUGAAGGCGGAAGGGACCUACAUCAUCAGCGAGCACAGCUACCAGAAGCCGCCGGCCGGCCGGGACUGCAGAGCUCCCGCGGACCCCGGCAGCUCCGAGGAGGAGGAGCUCAGCAGCUUCGGGGAGGAGCAGGAGCUGUACCUGAGGGAGCGACGCCGUGUGCAGUGCCCAGGCAGAGAAGCUGGGGCGCCUGCACAGAAUGCAGCUGAAAAGAAUAUGGUGUUUGUUUAUAAUGAUAAAAAGGGCUCUGAAGACCCAGGAGACGCACACCUGCAGUGGCAGCUCAACCUCCUUACGCACAUCGAGAACGUGCAGAAUGAAGUCACCAGCAGGAUGGAUCUCAUAGAAAAAGAAGUUGAUGUUCUGGAGAGCUGGCUGGACUUCACAGGGGAGCUGGAGCCGCCCGACCCGCUCACGAGACUGCCCCAGCUUAAGCGCCACCUCAAGCAGCUGCUGAUGGACAUGGGCAAGGUGCAGCAGAUCGCCACGCUGUGCUCCGUAUGA